AUGUUCCGAUUUCUAACCAGGAAGCUCAAGGGCGAAGAUGCCAAGAAGGGCGAGGACCCUUAUGCCAACUUGGAGCCUGAACUGAAGGUACAUGCGGCCGCAUGCAACAAUGACGUCAAGAUGCUUGAGAAGUUGGGGGAGGAAGGCAUUGACUUCAAUCAGCCCAGGCCGCAGGAUGGUUACUAUGCCCUCGAUUCCUGUGCUUGGUCUGGGAACGAAGAUGCCAUCAAGAUGUUGCUGCGCCAUGGUGCCGACCCGUCCAUCACUCUGCAGGCUGUGGUGGGAGCGGCCUCAUGGGGAGACCCAGAUCUUCUCAAGGUCCUGCUGGAUGCAGGUGGGCCAGUAGAUCAGGAACUCUCCAAUGAGACUGCUCUCCGCUGGGCCGUGCAGUAUGGCCAUGAGGAUUGUGCAGUUCUCUUGGUCAAGAAGGGAGCCUGGCAGCUCGAAACCAACCAGGAGAUUGUUCUCAUAAGAGCGAAGGGAAGGAGGAUGCGGAAGCUCCUGGAGAGCAUUGCACAGGCAGAUCCUGAUCGUGCAGCCGACUGCGUGGUGCCACCAUGUUGUCCCCCGUCUUGCAGCCUUCUGUGA